AUGGCCGCUCAGUCAACCCUUCGUCGCCCGGAGGACCCCCUCCUCGCGCUUUACGUACAUUAUUCGGACUUGAUUCGCGCUCGAAUUCGCCGUACCACACCGACCACCCGUCUCAUUGCCACGAUCAGCUUAUUACUAUCUAUCAUCGGCUCGGGAUAUGGAGGAUAUAACUGGCUUCGGCAGCGGGCAAAGGAUCGCGCCCAGGGUCGCCGGCUACUGCGUCGAAAUUCUGGAAUCCGAGGCAAAGAUGGCUCUCGCACCAUAUAUGUCCCUUACAAAGAUUCACGUACAUCCAAGGUCAUAAUACAUCCCACGAAGCCGACCACCUUUGAUGCUCAUCGUCGACUGUUCUUGAACCCUCCGGCAUCCGCAAGGAGUAUUGAGGAGGGAUCAACAAAUCAAAUACCACCACCUACAACGAAACCCGGCUUGAAUCUAGCAUUUUUGCACCAGUUUCUCAGCCUGGGUAGUAUCAUGGUCCCGCGAUGGGGCAGUAAAGAGACUGGUUUACUCAUGGGCCAUGGCUUAUUUCUCCUACUGAGAACAUAUCUAUCUCUACUGAUCGCGCGGCUAGAUGGUGAGAUUGUUCGAGAUCUGGUGGCCGGCAAAGGACGGGCUUUUAUGUGGGGUAUCCUGAAGUGGUGUGGAAUCGGAACCCUUGCCUCCUACACGAAUGCCAUGAUCAAGUUCCUCCAGUCCAAGGUGUCAAUCGCCUUUCGAACCCGCCUUACGAGAUACAUUCACGACCUGUACCUGACUGAUAAUGACAACUAUUACAAAUUGAUGAAUUUGGAUGGAGGAAUCGGACAAGGUUCCGAUCAAUUUAUCACACAAGACCUGACGCUGUUCUGCUCUGCUGCGGCGUCACUAUACUCAUCUAUGGGAAAGCCCUUGGUUGAUCUUUUUGUGUUCAACUACCAGCUUUAUCGCUCUUUGGGACCACUUGCAUUGAGUGGAAUUCUCGCCGGGUAUUUCAGCACAGCGGUAAUACUCCGCAAGCUGUCACCACCUUUUGGCAAGCUCAAGGCAGUCGAAGGCAAGAAAGAGGGUGAUUUCCGUGGCCUUCACUCUAGAUUAUUGGCUAAUGCUGAAGAGAUCUCAUUCUAUGGCGGUGCCGAUACUGAGCGAGUCUUCUUGGUAAGAAGUUUCAAAGAUCUCCAGCGCUGGAUGGAAGGGAUUUACAGCCUGAAAAUUCGGUAUAACAUGCUGGAAGAUAUCAUCUUGAAGUACUCAUGGUCAGCAUUCGGGUACCUGAUUACCUCAUUACCAAUCUUCCUUCCUGCUUGGGGUGGCGCAGGCGGUGCCAUGGAGAUGGUCGAUGUUCCGGAAGGCAUGGGCCGUGAACGAAGUCGCAUGAAAGAUUUCAUCACCAAUAAGCGCCUGAUGCUCUCGCUGGCGGAUGCCGGUGGUCGUAUGAUGUACAGCAUCAAGGAUAUCUCGGAGCUUGCCGGUUACACCUCACGCGUCUACACACUCAUCUCCACCUUGCAUCGGGUUCAUGCUAGCGCUUACUAUCCAUCUCGUGGAUCGCACCCAGAGCUCUACUCUCUCGCCGAUUCUCAAGGCACGAUACAUAAUGGAUUUGAUGGAGUUCGUUUGGAACAGGUGCCCAUCGUUACUCCUUCUCUCUAUCCCAUGGGUGGUGAUGAAUUGAUUGAAUCUCUGUCAUUCAUUGUUCAUUCCGGUGACCACCUUCUUAUCUCUGGGCCAAAUGGUGUGGGCAAGUCGGCCAUUCCCCGUAUCGUCGCAGGCCUCUGGCCCGUUUACAGGGGACUGGUCAGCCGUCCACGCGGGUUUGGCCUGGAUGGAAUCAUGUUCCUCCCCCAACGACCAUAUCUGAGCGUUGGUACUCUACGAGACCAGGUGAUCUAUCCUCAUACCGAGAUUGACAUGCGGGAAGCUGGCGAGUCAGAUUCAAAUCUGCAGAAGAUUCUUGAUGCCGCACAUCUGGGCUACCUUCCCAAACGCGAAGGUGGCUGGGACGCUCGCAAGGAGUGGAAGGAUGUCUUGAGUGGUGGUGAGAAGCAACGUAUGGGCAUGGCCCGACUCUUCUAUCAUGAACCACGAUAUGCCUUCCUCGAUGAGGGAACCUCGGCAGUCUCUUCUGACGUCGAGGGUCUUUUGUAUGAGCGUGCGAAAGAGCGUGGUAUCACCCUUAUCACCAUCUCCACCCGCGCAUCAUUGAAGAAAUAUCACACUUUCAAUCUCAGCCUUGGUAUGGGGGAGGAGGGAGAUCAAUGGGAGUUCGAGAGGAUUGGAACCGAGAAAGAGAAGCUUGGCGUUGAGAAGGAGCUGCAGGAACUGCGGAAGCGUCUUGAUAAGGUUGAUGAAUGGAAGCAGCGUCGUGAGGAGAUCGAGCAGGAGCUUUGUAAAGUCUGGACGAGCGAGGGAGAGAUUGCUCCUCCACCAUAUGAGGAAGAUCCUCUCGCUGUCCAUGAUGCUCCAGAGGUUGAGACCGCAAACUAA